AUGAAAAAAUUGUGGUAUCUUUUAUUUAGUGCAAUAGGGGUUUUAAGCAUAGAACAUGAUUUUAAAGGAUUCGACGAUAGUAUUUUAUUUGGCAUCGAAUGGCCUGGUUCUUUAGACAAUCUCCAAAUUUCAGAUGAAGCCUGGGCUUCGAAGAACAAGGACUUAUUAAAAGUAACUACUUCACAUAAAGAAAAGUAUGAAUGCCACAUACCUGAACUACAUGUUAAAGAAACACAGAGUAUAGAUGAGUAUGAAGGCCCAUCACCAAUAAAUCUUUUAAAGCCACUGUUCUCUCAGAAAAUUUGCUCGUACCGACUUGAAAGUUAUUGGAGCUAUGAAGUAUGUCAUGGAAGAUAUAUCAGGCAAUAUCAUGAAGAAAGAGAAGCUAAACAAGUUAAAACCCAAGAGUUUUUCUUGGGACAUUGGAAUGCACAAAAACAAAUGAAACUUGAGGCAGAUUUAAAACUUGCUGCUGAAUCCAAAGCUAAACCUAAGACUACUAAAGUUGAAGGACUGACAUUGCCAUACGUGGAAAUGGCUAUGGAUGAUGGAACUCUAUGUGAUCUAAAUGGCAAAUCGCGUCUGACAAGAAUUUUGUAUGUUUGCUAUAGCCAUGGCAAACAUGAAGUGUAUUCUUUCAAAGAAACUUCUACAUGUGAAUAUGAAAUCAUCAUUUUAUCGCCAUUACUGUGCGAGCAUCCACAGUUCAAACCCAAAGAUGUUAGUGAAAAUAUAAUAAACUGUCUACCAUUAGACGGAGCACCAAAAAAACCAAGAAAUAUGUUAAAAAAUGAAGUUGAAAGUUUGAAAUUUAACACACAGACUAUUAAAUUAAUGAACAGUGAGAAGGAAGCUAAUGAUGUUCUCGCUGUUUUGAAAGUUGAGAAAAUUGAAAAGGAUGGUGAAACUCAUUUGAAAUUCGAACUGCAUCCGUUAAGCGAGGAGGAACAGUUGCCGGGAAGCAAACCGAUGCCGCUGAUAGAGAAGCCACAACCUAUAACAGAUGAUUCACCAGUUCGGGCGUUUCUAAAUGGAGAAAAUUGUUUAAACGGGGGUACUGGCUGGUGGAAAUAUGAAUUUUGUUAUGGGAAACACGUAGUUCAAUACCACAUAGGCAGAGGUGGUGAGAAAACCACACUUUUGUUAGGGAAGUUCAAUGAAAAAGCGCAUUUGGAAUGGAUCAAGGAAAAUAGAGGGAAAGCACCUAAACCUGUUGAGCAACGUACGUCCGUAUCCCAUUUCUAUUCGGGUGGAGAUAUUUGCGACAAAACAAAUAAGCCUAGGCAGACUGAAGUGAAGCUGAAAUGUUUAGAAAAUUCUUCUAGUCCAGCCCAAGUUUCCUUAUAUCUAUUGGAACCGAGGACAUGUCAUUAUAUUUUAGGGGUCGAAUCCCCCUUACUGUGCGACAUUUUGCCGUUAGCCGAUGAAAAUGGACUAAUUAAUUCAACAAAAUUAACUUUGGACGCAAAAGAUUCUUUGAUAGAUACGAAGGUCGAGGAAGACGAUGUAAAACAAAAGGAUGUGAAUAAAUUUGGUUUUGAU